UCUCCAGAUGAAGACGGAACGUAAGCGACUCAGGAUGCCUGUACUCGGGUCCACGCGGGAUUCAAACUCCGACUUGAAGAUCACUGAUCUGUUUCACCCCCACCGAGUUCUUCUCAUCUGGCAAGUCGACGGUACUGGAUGAACUCUAGUCUGGUCUGGACAGUCGGCACCGAGAAAGCGUCCAGGCAUCAUCAUCUCUCUCACGGAAGAAAGAGGGAGAGAGAGAGAGGGAGGAAGGGAGCGAGACGAAGAAGAGAGAAGACGAAAGUGAAGAAAAAAAAGAGUGAAGCAGUUCCGCGAAAGAACUUGAGAAGGUGUCGGAUUUUCUGCUACUGGCAGGAUGCGGUUGCCGGCAACCUUCGCCGGUCUUCUGCUGAUUGUCCGGCUGUCUAGGUGCGAGAUCCUGACGCCGCCGUACUUCAAUUUGGCCGAAGGCAAGGAGAUCGUGGCCUCGGCUACGUGCGGCGUCGACACUACCGGCCCCGAGCUUUACUGCAAACUCGUCGGCGCGAACGCCGAUCAGGAUGAAGAUAUCAACUUGAUUCAAGGCCAGGUAUGCGAUUAUUGCGAUCCUGAUAAUCCGGAAAAAAAGCAUCCACCUGAAUAUGCGGUUGACGGUAUGGAAACUUGGUGGCAAUCACCACCUUUAUCCAGAGGAAUGAAAUAUAAUGAGGUCAAUCUGACGAUCAACCUGGAACAAGAAUUUCAUGUGGCUUACGUUUACGUGCGAAUGGGAAAUUCGCCUCGGCCAGGACUCUGGAUCCUGGAGAAGUCGAAGGAUUACGGCAAAACCUGGUCACCCUGGCAAUAUUUCUCGGAUUCUGCCAGCGAUUGUCUAACUUACUUCGGGGUGGACAGCCACAAGCCGAUUAUUCGAGACGACAGCGUGAUCUGCACGACCGAAUAUUCAAAGGUCGUCCCACUCGAGGGCGGCGAGAUCCCGAUCUCAAUCCUGAAUAACCGACCCUCGGCGAAGCACUAUUUCAAUUCGACUUUGUUGCAAGAAUGGACGCGGGCGACGAACGUUCGUUUCCGUUUUCUCCGGACGAAGAACUUGCUGGGGCACCUGAUGUCCGUCGUUCGUCAAGAUCCCACAGUCACCAGGAGAUACUUUUACUCGAUCAAAGAUAUUAGCAUCGGCGGUCGUUGCAUGUGCAACGGUCACGCGGACAUCUGCGACAUUCAGGACCCCAAUAUGCCGAAGAAAUUGGUCUGCCGGUGCCAGCACAACACCUGCGGACCUCAGUGCGCAACAUGUUGCAAGGGUUUCGAACAGAAAAAAUGGAGACAGUCCACGGCGUCGAAGAAAUUCAUAUGCGAACCCUGCAACUGCUUCGGACAUUCGGACGAGUGCAUUUACAGUGCGGACACUGAUGAGAAGCACUUAUCACUGGACAUCCACGGUAAUUACGAGGGCGGUGGUAUUUGUCAGAAUUGUAGACACAACACUGAAGGCAUCAAUUGUAACCGUUGCAAGCCCAAGUUCUACAGGCCUCGGGAUAAGCCACUCAACGCAACCGACGUAUGUCAACCCUGCAACUGCGAUUACUUUUACUCGACCGGAAACUGCGCCGAUUCCACUGGAAAAUGCGAGUGCCGAAAGGAGUUUACACCGCCGAACUGUGAUACUUGCAAUUACGGAUUCUUUGGCUAUCCUAAUUGUUUGCCCUGCGAAUGUGAUUUGCGCGGCACGGACGGUUAUCAUUGCGAAGCAACCGAGGGCUAUUGCCCCUGUAAGAUAAACUACGCCGGCCACUAUUGCAAUCUCUGCGCGGAGGGAUAUUACAAUUUCCCCGACUGCUUACCUUGCAGUUGCAAUCCUCUGGGCGCCCUAAACGAUGUCUGCGACGUGGUGUCCGGUAACUGCACGUGCAAAAACAAUUACGGAGGCAGAACGUGUAACAUUUGCGAGGACGGGUACUUCAACUAUCCUCAUUGCACAUAUUGCAAUUGUGAUGCUCGCGGAACAGAACCCGGUAUUUGCGACAAGUCGGAUGGCGUUUGUUUGUGCAAGGAAGGAUACGGCGGCGUUAGAUGCGACCAGUGUAUCCCGGGAUAUUACGGCUAUCCCAACUGUGUACCGUGCAACUGUAGCUCCGUCGGCUCAUCCAGCAUCAGUUGCGAUUCCGCGGGCAAGUGCUCGUGCCUCGCCAAUUUCGCCGGAAGAACUUGCAGUCAAUGCAGUCCAGGAUACUACAAAUACCCGGAAUGCAUUGCAUGCAAUUGCGAUAGUCAUGGCUCCAUCGGCGUAUCCUGCGAUGGCGAAGGUAAAUGUCAAUGCCGCGAGAACUUCGACGGUAUUCGAUGCGAGCAAUGCAAAGAGGGCUACUACAACUUUCCUACCUGCGAGGGUUGCAACUGUGAUCCGGCUGGCAUAGUUGCGACAUUCCAAGGUUGUGGCUCCUUGCCGCCUGGCGAACUCUGUCAGUGCAAGGACCGAGUCGAAGGAAGGAUAUGCAACCAGUGCAAGCCACUUUAUUGGAAUCUGCAGCCUUACAAUCCAGAUGGUUGCGAAGAAUGUCAGUGUAACAUUCCUGGAGUCAUCGGCAGCAUUGGCGAGUGUGACACUAAAACUGGACAGUGUAUCUGCAAACCCAGCGUAACUGACAGAGGAUGCAGCCGAUGCAUUGACGGAACGUACAAUCUUCAGGAAAACAAUCUCUUCGGUUGUUCUGAUUGCGCUUGCGACGUUGGCGGUUCCGUGAAUCCGGUAUGCGACAAGCAAACUGGCCAGUGUCCUUGCCAACCACGGGUGACCGGUCUUACGUGUAAGGAGCCUUUGAAAGCGCAUUACUUCCCAACUCUUCAUCAAUAUCAAUACGAGGCCGAGGUUGGCAAAACUCCCAGUGGUAGCGGCGUCCGUUACGGCUUCGCGGAAGAUAUCUUUCCGGGCUUCAGUUGGAAAGGGUACGCUGAGUUUACUACUCAGCAAGACGAAAUUGUACUGGGCGUAAACAUCGGCAAGUCUUCGCUCUAUCGGAUGGUCUUGCGUUACGUGAAUCCCAGUAGUGAGCCGAUCCUCGGCACUAUCACUAUCACACCUGACAGUCCAUCUGAGGUAGAGCAACAGUUUAAAGUUAACUUUAAGCCAACCAGUCGACCGUCCUUUGUAACGGUUGCCGGAGCACAUGGUAACCAUCCAUCACCCAUGGUGAUGAACCCCGGACAUUGGUCUAUCAAGAUUGCCACGAAGAAGAGUAUGUUCCUUGAUUACUUCGUUCUAUUACCAUCGGAAUACUACGAGGGCGGCAUAUUGACGCAGGACGUAAACAUACCCUGCGAAGUCGGUUACAAGAGACUCUGCAGGCACUACGGAUAUCCGAACUUAACACGAUUUGACUUAGUCCACGGCGCCGGCGGCUUUCUGAGCGAGAACAAUGUACGGAUCCCGUUGACUGAGUAUUUCACCGAUCGCGAGACUUUACAAGAGAUCGGCGAGGAUGAGGUGCCGCUCAUCAACAAGCAGCAAGAACAAAUUCAUUUUGAAUUAAGAAUCAGCAAACCUGGUCCUCACGUUCUCGUGGUGACUUAUGUCACUCCGCGGGAUGAGCGAGACACGUCGGUGCUGCUAAUCGAGGCGAAUACCGUCGGCAAGGGCAAAGUCACUCUGAAUCCCUGUAGAUAUACCAGCACAUGUCGACAGGUUGUCACCGAUACCUACGGCAAGGUGGCCGUCAUGAAUUUCCCAUCAAACUACGUUAGUUUGGUGCUGACUGGUGAACCGACCUCAAACGUCGCGAUCGACUCUGUAGUGGCAAUUCCCUAUCAUCAGUGGUCGCUGGACUACGUGAAGCCUAAAUCUAUCUGCGUGAGGAAAAACGGCAAAUGCGUACAAGGAUUGUUUCCCGGUGCCUCCGACGCCAAGAAGAUCGAAUUCGAGGCUUCUAAUGGCAUUCCCGAAGCUGAAAAUCCUUCCGGAAUUUACGAUAACGCCACCAAAUUAAUCUACCUAGGUGAUGGCGACAUGGUUGAUAUUCAUGCAAAGGUGUCCCAACCGGGAGAUUACGUCUUCGUGAUACAGUAUUAUCAACCGGAUCACCCUCAAUUCGAGCUAGACGUGCUGGUGCAAAACGGCAAGUUUUACGAGGGGAAGGUGCCCGUUUCCCACUGUCCCAGUAACAGCGGCUGUCGUAGCGUUGUACGUCAAAUCGACGACAACGAUACCAGGUUUCAGCUGAUUGAAAAUUUCGUGCUGACGCUGAAAGAGCCCGGCCGCGGUAUCUGGUUAGAUUACGUCUUGGUGAUCCCGGCGGAUCAGUACAACGAGAAGAUCCUCGAUAAAUUACAGUUCGACCAGACAAAAGAGUUUAUUAAGCGUUGCGGCAGCAAUCAUUUCCAGAUCAACGUCACCGAGGACGGCUUUUGUCGUGACUCCAGCUUUUCUCUAACGGCUAAUUAUAACAACGGUGCGCUGCCUUGCAAUUGCGACAGCGAGGGCUCCACCAGCUUCGAAUGCGACAAAUUCGGCGGCCAAUGUCCCUGUCGACCGAACAUCAUCGGCAGACGAUGCGAGAGCUGCAAAUCUGGCUUCUACGGCUUUCCCAGAUGCAGACCGUGCAAUUGUCCCGCUCUCUGCGAACGGGAUACCGGCAGAUGUAUCUGUCCGCCCCGAGUGACCGGUCAACGAUGCGAUCAGUGCGAACCUGGCACCUACGGAUUCCACCCGAUCGUCGGCUGCGAGGAGUGCAACUGUUCACCCCUGGGCGUCCUUGACGGCGAUCUACAGUGCGACGACAUUGGCUGCCGUUGCAAGGAGAACGUGAAGGGCCGUCACUGUGACACCUGUCAAGCUGGUUACUCGCAGUUUCCGCAUUGCGAGCGUUGUGAUUGCGAUUCACGCGGCACCACCAACGAUAUCUGCGACCAAUAUACAGCCGAGUGCUUCUGCAAGGCGAAUGUGCAAGGUCUAGCAUGCGACGUAUGCCGCGAGGGCACCUUCGACAUCCAGGCUGAGAAUGCGGAUGGUUGUACCAAGUGCUUCUGCUUUGGCAAGACCACCAGGUGUGCCUCCGCGAAUCUCUACUGGACCCAUGUUAUGAAUAUGGCCGGUUGGGGAUAUGUCAAGCCUGUUGAUAAGACCGGCAACUUUACCAAUGUGUCAACCUACUCUUCAGACAAUGAAACCACGUUCACGAUCUCCCUCGACACUGACGACACUAUCGAGAACGUCGUCUACUUUUUGGCGCCCGAUGCCUAUCUCAAUAAGAAGUUGACUUCUUACGGUGGCUACUUCAAUUAUACCGUCUUCUACACCACGGGACCGUUCGGCAAGGCUGUUAGCGCCGCCGACGUUGUCCUUCAAGGCGCCAACACUACGUUGUUUUAUUAUUCCGACGAGCAGCCACCAUCCUCUGUGAACUUUAGGGCGUCCGUCCGUCUCGUCGAGGCUAACUUUGUAACUAGCAACAGGCUGAGCGCGACCAGAGAACAAAUUAUGGUUAUUCUCGAAGAUCUACGUGCAAUAUACGUGCGUGCUACGUAUUGGAAUCCUAGCAUCCAGGCUAUAUUAUCAUAUGUGACUUUGGACGUCACAACGGAACAAUACUCAGCUCAAUACAGUGCCCGGGCUAGCAGUGUGGAACAGUGUCAGUGUCCACCCAAUUAUCAAGGACUCUCAUGCGAGGAAUGCGCACCGGGAUAUUACAGGAUUAAAUCGGGACCAUACGGAGGAUACUGCGCACCUUGUCAAUGCAACGGUCAUGCGAGUACAUGCGAUGUAAACACCGGGAUCUGUCAGAACUGCAAGAACGGCACCGUUGGCGACCACUGCGAGUACUGCGAGCAAGGCUACUACGGUAAUGCCACUGUGGGCACACCAACGGAUUGUCUAAUUUGUGCAUGCCCGUUGCCGGUCGCCUCCAACAACUUUGCCACCGGUUGCGAGGUGAACGAGGAGGGCAAUAAGAUCAGCUGCGACUGCCUGCCCGGAUAUUACGGCGCUCGUUGCGAAGUCUGCGCCGCCGGUUACUACGGCAAUCCCGAGGUGUACGGCGAUUAUUGCAAGCCGUGCGAGUGCUCCGGCAAUAUCGACACCAAUCAGAUUGGCUCGUGCGACAGCAUCACCGGUCAGUGUUUGCAAUGUUUGAACAAUACCUACGGUGAAGCGUGCAAUCUGUGCGCCCCCGGUUACUUUGGCGACGCCGUCGACCGGAAAGACUGUCGUAGCUGCGUAUGCGACGACUGCGGGAUGGAACACUGCGACAGCUACAACGGUCAAUGUUUCUGCCAAGAAAACGUAAUCGGCGAGCAAUGCGAUCGCUGCGCGCCCGAUCAUUAUGGUUUCGGCACUUGCAACGGUUGCAGGCCAUGCGACUGCGACCUGGCCUCGGAGAGCAGCCAGUGCGACGGAGAGACGGGACAAUGCAAAUGUAUGCCAGGUGUCACCGGUCGCAGAUGCGACCAGUGCAUUCAGGGAUAUUGGGAUUACGGACCGGGCGGAUGCACAUCGUGCGAAUGUCACACUGGUUACUCCGUCGGCGUGUCUUGCAACACGACCACUGGUCAGUGCACCUGUUUACCUGGUGUGAUCGGCGAAAAAUGCGACCACUGUCCGUACCGGCACGUGCUCAUCCCGGCGCAAGGCUGCUUCUCCUGCGGUUCUUGCACGGGAAAUCUUUUGGAUGUUACAGAUGAAUUAGAGGAUUUGUUAGAGCCUGUCUCACGCAAGUAUAGUACGGUCGCGGAAGGCUAUUUUACGCAUCAACGACUUAAGUUUAUCAACGACACGGUCAACGAGCUCUAUCCCGAAGUUAGAUUACUAGAUCCAAGUCGGGUGAAUCUGCUGCCAUUGCAGAAGAAGCUGGAGCGGUUGGAACACGAGGUGUACAAUCAGAAACGAAACAUUGAUUUCACUGCCGAGGACAGUGUCAAGUGGAAGGACGCCGCGGAGAACACGUUGCAGGACAUGAAUACUCUGGAGGAAGACGUGGUGCGCAAGAUUGACCUAGUGAAUCAGAUUGUAUCGGAAGUGCAAUCGCUGGCGCUGAAUAUUGAACUGGGAACGGGCGCCAAGGUCGAUAACGCCCUGAACGAGGCAAAAGGGAUUCUGAAGAAAAUCAAGGACGUCUCCUUCGUUAAAUUUCGGGAUAACGCUCUAGACCAAGCGAACCAAGCUAAUAUCCUGAUUUCCGAGAUGCAAGAUUACAACUUUCCGGCUAGCAACUUAAGUUCCGCCGCGGCCGAUUUCAGUAACAAGAUCAAAAACGCCAGCGCCAAGAUGGAUGAUCUGCUGGACAUCGUGCAGGUAGCUCAAGAAAUUGCCAGCACGGUGGAUAAGCUUAAUCGAGAAAAUAGAAUCGCUGCGCAGACUGGCAAUCUGGACAUUGUGAAAAACUCUACCGCUGAAGCGAAAGAGGACUUGGAAGCCGGAGAGCAGCUUAAGAAUAACGCUAGCGAUUUCCUUAACCAUGCGAGAAGCAAUAUCGAUCUUCUACAAACUAACACUGUUAGCGAUGUGGCUGAUCGACUGAACAAUACUAUUGCUGUGAAUGACGAAAUGCUGAUCGACCUGGCUGAGCCAAUCCAGAAAGCCCAUACUCACGCGGCAUACCUAUACAAUCGUUCGCUGGAAUUGGAUAGUCUAUUAACCGACACUCGCAAUACUAAUGCGGUGAGAGCCGUUUCAGCUUACAGAGAUAUUGAAACCGCACUUCAAACUGCAAAAGAUGCUGCAGAUCAUGCUGUAAUCGCUGCUGAGAACGCAACAGCGCUGACUGAUGGACUCGAGCAAAGGGUGUUGGACUCUCGAAACGAGUGCUCUAAAUUGUUAGCCUCCGCGAUCGCUUUAAUGAAAACGACAGGUCAGCCCGAGAACGAUUUGCGAGACGCAAGGAACAACGCGACUCUGAUCGACAACCAAAAUAAACGUAACAAGGAACUUCUCGACACCAUUGACAAGACGCUUGGCAACAUUCCUUCGCAAUCAUCUUCAGUCGCACAUGAAGCCAUGAAUCAAGCGGUGAAUGUCGAGCGUAACAUCAAAAUCGCCAUCGACGAUUUGAACGGUAUUGUCAAUCAGAUCCCGGAAGACCUGCGGGAGACAAAGCAACUCUCGAAGAAUACGUCAGAGUCAAUCCGCGACAUCUCGCAGGCAAACAAACAGCUGGAUAUUGUAAACAAAGUGAUGCCAAACAUCACCAAUCUGCUAAACAGUCUGAAUAACAAUCAGAAAUCGAUCGAUGCAACUGGGAACGAUCUACAGAGCAAAAUCGAGGCCCUGAGGAACAAAAUCGCGAAUGCACGGGAAUUGGCCAAUCGAUUCAAGACCGGCUUGACCUUCUACAGGAACACUACUUUGGAGCUGAAGAAUCCAGAGAGCCUGCCGUUGCUAGCUACAUCCACAAAAAUAUCCUUAUAUUUCAGGACCAACAAGACCAACGGCUUUCUGCUCUACCUCGGCAAUGAGGAGAAGACAAAGCUACCACGCUCUAAGACGCACGACUUUAUGGCGUUAUUGAUUGAGAGCGGAUAUCCCGUGCUUAUAGUCGAUCUGGGAUCCGGACCGGAGAGGAUAAUUCACAACAAAUUCGUAUCGGAUAAUGUGUGGCGGCAGAUAAUUAUCGACAGGACUGGCAAGAAUGUCAAAUUAAUCGUUCGCGAGGAUAUUGGCGAGGGCAAGGAUGCAUUGUACGAGAAGGAAAAGGUCUUGCCAGGCUCUUAUUAUAUUUUCAACGUGGAUCAGGAGCAUUCGAAACUCUUCGUCGGUGGUUAUCCAUCAUCCUUCCGCAUUCAGGACGCUGUGACCGCGUCCUCUUUCGAGGGCGAGAUGGAGGAAUUGAUGAUAGGCGAUAUUCCGGUGUCUUUCUGGAACUUCGUCGACGGCGAGAACAACCAGAAGAGCGCGCUCGAACGCGACAAGCUCAUUAAUUUCGCGCCGAGCAGAGGAUACCGUUUCGAUCGACACGGCUACGCAAUUCUCAGCAAGAAGGGCUCGCAGAUUACGCCAGACACCAGAAAGUUCAUCAUCAAACUAUCUUUCAAAACUUUCGCGGAGGAUGGGUUGAUUUAUUUAAUGGGCAAGGGCAGACAGUUCUUGUCUCUGGAAAUGAGAAACGGCCAGUUGUUGUAUCAGUACGAUCUUGGCGAGGGUACGAUUGAUUUGAGGUCUUCGGACAAGUACAAUGACGGCAACUGGCACACUCUGGAGGCUAUCAGACAGGAUACGAUGGGCGCGCUCAAAGUUGAUGAUCACACAGUCGCGUCAAGUCAAGAAAGAGGAACCACCAAGCCUCUGGCCUCAUCAGAUCAUAUUUAUUUCGGUGGAUAUCCACCUAACGCGAAGCAUCCUUACGAGUCGGUUACUAGCAAUGGCUUUGAAGGCUGCAUCGACGAUGUCGUCAUUCUUGACACUUCGGUGGAUCUCACGCGUAACGUACAGGCGUUUGGAGUCAUGCCUGGUUGUCCAGUCAGGUUUGCCAGUCUUGUCUCGUUUGAGAAAAACACACCAGGCUAUGUGAAAUGGCGCAAUUUAGCGUCCGACGGUCUACAAGUGAAUCUCAAGUUCAAAACAUUGGCCAGCGACGGUCUGAUUUUCUACGCGACCAACAACGAUCAGCAGAGUGCGGCUACUAGUUAUCUAUCGUUGGUGGAUGGCCAGUUAGUAUUCAAUAGCCAGGGUGAACAGCUUAGGACCAACCCGUCGGAUGUUAAGCUGAACGAUAACGAAUGGCACGUAGUAACCGCAACUCAUGACCAGUCGGCUCUUAGCCUCGACAUUGAUGAUACGAAGAGCUACAGAACUGAUUCGGCACCGCCACCGUUACACUUCCUCUACGGCAACUUGUACAUCGGUGGACUGCCGUCAGGCUUCGGUUCGGUUGACAUGCCCUUCGUCGGCUGUAUUGGCGACGCAACCCUCAACAGCGAGAUCAUUAUCAAUUUCGCCAACACGACGGAGAGACCAUACGCGUUCCUAGGAAAGUGCAAGGGCGGUGAUCAGACGCUUUUACCACCGACUGUCGAACCUGAAUUUUUGCCACCGUUACUACCGUCGGAAGGGCCGGAAGACACAGUAGAGUCGUCGACUCAAAUCAAUAUAAUAGACGUCGACAUAGACAAGGAGGAUGACAAAGAGGAAGAACCAGAGCUAGAAGGACGAAUUAAUUUAGAUAAACAUGAUUUCACGCCGACUAUGCCUACUACGCCAACCGAGGAGCCUCAAACUGUCGACCAGUGUCAUUUGCCAUACUACCCGGCAACCGAUCCUGAUCUUGAGAAUGCUUGGCGAUUUGGUACUGCGAGGAACAGUAGAUUAGAAUAUAGGACACUAAAGGGAAGAUACAAAGACGACUACGAUUUCCAGAUUGAUAUAAAAACAAUGGCGGACGAUGGAAUUAUAUUCUAUACUUCCGACCUCAAUAAGCAAGAUUUAAUCGCCGUAUACAUGCUUGGUGGAAAGAUUCACUACAAAUUCGAUUGCGGCAGCGGACCGGCAUUGCUAAUGAGUGAAAAGAUGAUCAACAACAACCAAUGGCAUAUCGUGCUCUUCAAGAGACAAGGUAACUACGGCCAGCUGAUUGUGGACGAGGAGGAACCGGUGGGUGGGUACUCAUUAGGACACACUACCACUAUCAAUGUCAAUCCGCCGUUCUUCGUGGGUGGCGUCUUGCCGGAAAUAUCCAACAUCGCAUACACGAAUAUUGGUCUCAAUAAAACGUUCAGCGGCUGCCUAGGAAAUUUCAUGAUGAAUGGACAACUCGUUGGAGAGCCGUCGGAAAAGAUAGGCGUAAUACCCUGCUCGAAGAGAGUGGAGCCCGGUCUCUUCUUCUUCCCAGGAAACGGCAGUAAUUUAUUCAAAGCAGUCGAUCGAUUUAACGUAGACCGCACGGUCGACAUUCAAAUGGACAUAAAACCGCGAUCGACAUCUGGACAUUUGCUGUCGGUGCACGGUAAAAGGGAUUAUCUUGUGCUAGAGAUGAUUAACGGUACCGUGAAGUUCCUCAUAAAGACGCAGAGAGGCUCGAUUGAGACUGCGUUCGAGCCGACGAAACCAAACUCCCUGUGCGACGGCAACUGGCACAAUAUUCGAGCUGUCAAACAGAAAAAUGCGGUACUGCUGUCGGUCGAUCAUAAACCGGCACCGCCCGGAAUCGGCGGCAAAAACGUGGCUAGAGUCUUGUCAAAACAUCCGAUAUUCAUCGGUGGCCAUCCGAUGCUUGGAAGAAAAUUACGAGGUAGUACGUCGCAGGCUCAAUACGUCGGCUGUAUCAACAAUAUUAUGAUUAACAUGAAGACCGUCAGCAUCAGGCCUGAACGAGCCUACGGACAAGUUAUCACCGGUGUGUGCCCGACAAUUUAAAAUAAUGAAAAAAUUUUUCAUAGGCCAUGCAAAUUUAUAGCUUUAUCUAAAAUCCUGAUCUAGCCAUCUUCUCCUCUUCAAAAUAUUUUAUUAAUAUCUGAACGCGCUUAAUCAAAAACAAAAAAUCAAUAACAGAAGUAAUAAGUUCAAAACUUGAACUUUAUAGUUCCAUUAAUCUUUCCUUGUAAAAGAUAUUUUCUCGACCAAGAACUAUGAAAAAUUAUUCGUACAGGAUAAGGAAGCUCAAGUGUAACCAAAGAUAUGAUUUAAUAAAGGAUGUAAGUU